UCUUGUCUCGUGUCCCUUCCGAGAAAGUCGCUGCCUGCCUUACUUGCUCUUUCUCCACCAUGUCUGGACGCGGAAAGCAGGGAGGCAAAGCUCGUGCCAAGGCGAAGUCUCGUUCUUCCCGGGCUGGCCUGCAGUUCCCAGUGGGCCGAGUGCACCGCCUGCUCCGCAAAGGUAACUACUCGGAGCGUGUGGGCGCCGGCGCACCAGUGUAUUUGGCUGCUGUCCUGGAGUACCUGACAGCUGAGAUCCUGGAGCUGGCGGGCAAUGCGGCCCGGGACAACAAGAAGACGCGCAUCAUCCCUCGCCACCUGCAGCUGGCCAUCCGCAACGAUGAGGAACUCAAUAAGCUGUUGGGCAAGGUGACCAUUGCCCAGGGCGGCGUCCUGCCCAACAUCCAGGCUGUGCUGCUGCCCAAGAAGACCGAAAGUCACCACAAAGCCAAGGGCAAGUAAACCAGCACCGCUGACGGACGGACAGUCCUCCGGAAACGAGUGACUCUUCUACCACGCAGA